AUGACGAUAUACAAGGUGAGCAACGAAAAAGAGCGGUAUUUCUAAUACUUUGUCUUAUAAUAACUCAUUUAUUCGUUUCGACCACCAGAGAAAUUUACAGAAGAAGAGAGGCAGAUAUAAAUAGUGGCUGGAGGAGGGAAUAAAUCUUGUUUCUUUAGGAACCGCUUCAGUCGGACGAGGAACGGGUCAGUGUACACGAAAAGAAGAGGAAGAGGAAGAAGAAGAAGAAGAGGAAGAAGAAGAGGAAGAAGAAGAGGAAGAAGAAGAAGAGGAAGAGCAUCUACAUCACCGGGUGCCUUCGAGAAGGAAAUUAGUGGAAAACGCGUCCGGUGAUUUUCGCAAUUGAUAAUAUUUUCUGAAUAAACUGCCGAUAGAGAAAACAGUCGUUAAAAAGUGAUAACAACUCGAAUAUUCUAUGUUUGACAAGUUUGAACGGAAUUCCCAGCUGUCCAAUGCAUGAACCUUGUGUUCUUGUGUAAAUUCUCUAAACUUUCCGACGGGUAGAUUCAAUUCCGCAAUAUGAGAGUUUCAUGAAAUAAGAGACCGAACUUGUCAUCUGCUUUUAGACGGGCUGGAUCACUUUCAGUAUUCCAAUCGGGCCCAAACUUGGAUUAUUGUGAACAACAUUGUUCAAGCCCUCUCUCGCUCACAAAACACCGAGUUCCCAAACCCAAAGUGUUUUGGGAGUGGGAGGGGGAGCGAACCAUAUAAAAGGACCACCAUCUUUUGUGACUUCAGUUUUUCCUUCCUUAUUCCUUCCUUCCUUAUAAUAAAUAUUCUGACUAUUCUAUGAUCGUGAAAUACGAAACAUGGUGACCCAGUCUAUUUGAACCUUCAAUCUUCUCCACGAUCACCAUCGAGCAAGAGUGAUCAUCGAAGAAUACAAUGAGCUCAUCCGCAAUCCGAUCCCAGAUUGGGAUAUGUCGCAGACGUCUGAAGGACGCCAUCGACGAGUCAACGAACGUCGAAGAUGUCUCCGCCGCCAAGGAUGAUUCCAGCGAAGACGUCUACUCAACAAUCUCUGCCAUUACGGACACUAUCUAUCGAAUCGAGAUAGAGGUAUCGCGUAUCAAGAAGUGCAACGGUGAGUGGAGCCAACUCAUCAAUCAGCAACCUGCCGAAGCAGCAAUCAAGGAGGACUACAAGAAACGUGUUGGAGACUACGAAACAGAACUCGUCAAAGCCGAAGGCACCGCAGUUCGUCUGAAGACAGUCUACGAAGAGUACGUCGCUCUUCACCGCAACAAAUCAACGGAAUCUACUGCCUACCCACAAGUGAUCAACGUCUCCCCACACACCCCGUCAUCAACUGUCCUUACCAGCAACGACACAGCAGCCUCCAGUUCCAGUACAUUCAAUGCAACCGCAACAUCAAGUUCCCGUUCAAGCAACACAGCAACUCGCGCAACUCCAAACUCCGAUUCACGUGCAAUCCAUGCAUUGAACGUCUGGGUGCCCUAAAAUUUUGUGGCGCCAGCGUCUUUUGAAAAAAGAUGUCAUUUCUUUCAAAAUUUGGCAACAACUGAAAGUGCCGGUGAAACUAGAAAAGACAACUGAUAUGUUCAGUUUGAUGUACUGUUAUUUAUCCAGUCAGUUAUUGGAUAUCAUCUUUGCAACCAACAACCAACCAACCAACCGAUGCGGUGCAGGUCUUCGCGACAAAAUGCAAGUCGGUGAGCGGCUGACAACCGCGCGCAAACAAAAACCACGGCCGCGUUGAAAGACACGCGAAAUGAGGAUACACGUGCCCUCAUGUGUACGGUGUGUUGUUAAUUGGCGGGAGUAGAGGAGUGCGGCAUAUGUGUCGAGUGUGGUUUUGUCAGGAGGGUGGUAGUUGCGAUGAGACGUGUGCGAUCGGUUUGCCGCGUGUUGUGUUUCCACAGUGCGUACGGUUUGCUGUUCGCGUCGUUUUGUCGGCUGCUUUCGGCGUGUUGUGUGUCAUUUUUCGUGACAUAUUUCACAACGAUGGCUGACUACAUCAAUCCAUUCCGGGUACAAUGCAAUUGUUAGCGGUUGGCUUGCGGUGUCGCGGGCCAUAUGCUUCAGUUGUCACGACUACUGUUGUUCUCGAUGCGGUUUCUGUGGUGUCUCGUGCUCUUUGAACGGUCCUUAAAACACCAAGGGAGGCGAUUAAUUUGCAAUCAAUCGUACCGAUAACCGCAUUAGGUCUCCAAGGUGAACAGCCUCUAGUCGAUAGAAUAAUGUAGGUAAGGGAAGUCGGCAAACUAGAUCCGUAACUUCGGGAAAAGGAUUGGCUCCAGUGGUUGGAACGGUUGGCCAGUUGGUUGAUGCUUGUCCGGCGCUGUUCUGUCUGUUUGAUGCUUUCGGGCUGAUGGCGGACUAGUGACAGUGUUUGCUUGUGGACGCCUUCUGGUGUGUGCUUUGACCUCGGUCUUACAAUUAGUGUCCUGAUCGCUCAUCUAAACAACCGUACUGGAACCGGUACGGACUCAGGGAAUCCGACUGUCUAAUUAAAACAGAGGUGACAGAUGGUCCUUGCGGACGUUGACUGUCACUGAUUUCUGCCCAGUGCUCUGAAUGUUAAAUCGUAGUAAUUCGAGUAAGCGCGGGUAAACGGCGGGAAUAACUAUGACUCUCUUAAGGUAGCCAAAUGCCUCGUCAUUUAACUGGUGACGCGCAUGAAUGGAUUAACGAGAUUCCUACUGUCCCUAACUACUGUCUAGCGAAACCACAGCCAAGGGAACGGGCUUGGCAAAAAUAGCGGGGAAAGAAGACCCUGUUGAGCUUGACUCUAGUUUGACAUUGUGAAGAGUCAUGAGAGGUGUAGCAUAGGUGGGAGACUUUGGUCGCCAGUGAAAUACCGCCACUUUCAUCGACUCUUUACUUAUUCGGUUGAAAGACGAUUGGCCGUCAGGCCUUUUUUCGAAGCAUUAAGCGGCGCGCCAUUUUAUGGCACCGUGACUCUCCUCGAAGACAGUGUCAAGCGGGGAGUUUGACUGGGGCGGUACAUCUAUCAAAUCGUAACGUAGGUGUCCUAAGGCGAGCUCAGAGAGGACGGAAACCUCUCGUAGAGCAAAAGGGCAAAAGCUUGCUUGAUCUAGACUUUCAGUACGAGUACAGACCGCGAAAGCGUGGCCUAUCGAUCCUUUUAAUCCAGAUUGUUUCUGGAAAGAGGUGUCAGAAAAGUUACCACAGGGAUAACUGGCUUGUGGCAGCCAAGCGUCCAUAGCGACGUUGCUUUUCGAUCCUUCGAUGUCGGCUCUUCCUAUCAUUGCGAAGCAGAAUUCGCCAAGCGUUGGAUUGUUCACCCACUAAUAGGGAACGUGAGCUGGGUUUAGACCGUCGUGAGGCAGGUUAGUUUUACCCUACUGUUGACUUGUUAUUGCGAAAGUAAUCGUGCUUAGUACGAGAGGAACAGCGGGUUCAAACAUUUGAUUCAUGGACUUGGUCGACAGGCCACUGGUCCGAAGCUACCAUUUGAGAGAUUAUAACUGAACGCCUCUAAGUUAGAAUCUCGCCUUGUCAAGGCGAAAAUUCUUUGCUUCCCGGUGUCGGGAGGCAUCUCUAUCUCGUGGCAACACGAGACCUUAUGCCCUAUGUAUGGCGUUGGCGUCGUAGUGAACUCUGCGGCGCCUGCCAACGCCAGAUCACUCUGGUUCAAUGUCGGGGCGCUAAAUCACUUGCAUACGACUUGGUCUCUUGGUCAAGGUGUUGUAUUCAGUAGAGCAGUCAUCUUAUACUGCGAUCUGUUGAGACUAUCCUUUGAUUGAGUUUUUUGUUUGCCUAUUUUUGCAAUAAAAUUGUGUACGUUUGUCGCGCCGACAUCUCUAUUUCCACGUAAAAACGAUCUCGCUAUGAUUUGAUCCGAUCGGGAUGAAUCUUGAAAAAUCAUGAAAUCCCUCGUGAAAAGUCGAAUUUCCCACAUUUUGGCUCUAAAAGCACAGUGAACUGUCCCGCACGGCCCACCCUAAAACCCUGAACUUUUGACCCUGCCCCGCUUUUUAGCCGUUUUCCGCUCUUCUGAAUUCACUCUUCGCAAUCAGAAGAAGAUGAUAAUCGUCAUUUCAACGUUCAUUCUCUUCGUCUUCUCGCUUUCGGCUCAUUUCGUCGGCUGCGGCGGCAAGAAAGGAGCAAAAAAGCCGAUAACGCCGGCCACGCCGCAAGUGAGUUAACCGGGGAGGGCGCGCUUUUGCCAAUGCCCUCAGGCAGCGGAAUAUCCCGUGUCCUCGGUAGUAUAGUGGUGAGUAUCCGCGUCUGUCACAUGCGAGACCCGGGUUCAAUUCCCGGCCGGGGAGGAACUUUUUGUCCUUUUUUUAGGUGAUUACGAAGGCGACAACGCCUCCUCCGGCCACAACUAUCGCUUCUUCAAUCCCAAUCAAGGGUGAUACGGUUAUCGAGAAAUCAAAGAGAAAGAGCGAGAAAUCGAAGAGAAAGAGCGAAAAAUCGAAGAAAAAAGAAUCGGAAAAGAGCGAGAAAAAGGAGGAAAAGAAGGAGGAAGAGGAUAACGAAAAAGAGAAAGAUAAAGAGAAAGAGGAAGAAUCGAAAAAUGUGAAAAAAGAUAUGAAACCCCACAGUAACCCAUCAAACUACCGUAAUCCCAUCCCCCUCCUUUAUUUUCAGUCACGGUCGAACCUUCCGGAGAUCUCCAAUUCAAAACCGAAUCCACGUCGCAGAUUCGGCUGAUUUUGACGAAUAUCCACACGAAACGCGUCAUGUUCAAGAUCAAGUUCUCCGAAAAUGGGGCCUACCAGUAAGGACGAUUUGAAAAUGGCCUAGAAAACUCCUAGGCCAUAUAUGCAUCUUUUCCGGACUUUUUUUUGCGUUCGGCACAAUCCUCAGACGUUGCGAAACAUUCACACAAAUCAGCGGCCGUGUAGAGUGCAAUAGCAUCAGACUGCUAACAUGGAAGAGUUUUCACACCCGAGUUUUCUAGGCCACAAGUUAAAACUUGGAUUUCGCGCCAAAAAGACGAUGUUUCAGGGUGAAUCCAGUUUUCGGAACGAUCGAACCGGGAAAAAGUGCCGAUUUGGCAGUGACACACAACAAAUCGCCGUGCAAACAGGCGAAGAUGGUCAUCCAGAACUCCGUGGUGAGUGGGCGAAUUCCUGAAAAAUGGGUUUGACGCAAAAGCUUCGCUUGCAGUUUGUCGGAGAGGAGAAAGAUUUGGCAAAGUCGUUCCGAAGCGUUCAACUAACCGGAGCUGCGAUCAACAUCAAAUUGGUGGCCAGUUAG